AUAAGACAUUUCGCUAUCAUGGCACCAUAUAAAUAUGGGAACGUGUAGAAUCAGGUUGCGAUUUUAGUUCUGUGCCACUCCUUUGCCACCUGCCAAGAUGAGAGUACUGUUAAUCUUCCUGUCUUGUGUCUACGCCAUUAACGCUGACGAUGCGUCCGGCGCGGCAGCCUUCAGCGCCGCGUACAGCGCCAUUACCGAUGGUAUACCAGGACUUGGGAUAUCACCUCUAGACCCACUCUACCCCGAAAACUUCGACGCAGACUUCGUCACGCUGAAAUUCGUGGACACUCAGAACAGCGUGACGGGCUUGAGCAAUUGCACGGCUUCGAAUUUCACCCUCAGCCCGGACAACCGCGUGAUAAACUUCCAGCUGAACUGUUCCAAAUACACGCUUAAGACGUUGACUUACUCCAAAGGCUACUUCUUGUACAGACCGGUAGAUUCUCUCAACGUUUUAGAGCUCAACUAUGGUAGAACCAUAGUGCGUGUGUACGCGCUUCUGAACUCCCGGCGUGAUGUGCGAAACAACGUCUACUAUCAGAUAGGUCGGUUUGUCCUGGACGUCAACUUCCAAGAACGACUCCGGUAUAACUUCAAGAACCAAAACAAUAAAGCGAGCAGCGGAAGCACGCAGCAGUCUGACUUCGCAAACAGCAACAUUGGCAGCGAGCUGUACGCCAAGGAGCCGUUUUGGUAUGCCGUCAUGUCGAAGAUAAUAAACAACAUGAACAGAUAUCUCCUCACAACACCUAUCAACUAUUAGAAAACAUUCAAAGAGAAUGCAUUCACAUAUCAUUGGUUUAACAAGAAAUUAAAAAAUAUAAAU